CAAGUGUCAUCUCUAGGUUUGUUAUCAACAUUGUUAUCGGUGCAGAACAACAAAAAAGAUGUGUGUGCAAAUUGAAUAAUAACAAUAGUGCGUGCGGGUGGUCUGAUCGGAAAAGAACAAACCAAGACAAAGAAUAUUUGAUAUUAUAUUAAUGGCGUGUCAAGUGAAAUAAGGUAGAGCAACGAGUUCCUCCGGCUACGGCUGCUGCUGCUGUUGCUUGGGCACACUUCUGGGCAACGCAUUGUCGCCGCCGACCGCAAAGCUGGGCAAAAUUAUGAACUUGUGUUCCUCGGGCGCAACGGCAUCGACCACAUCGUUAUCGUCCACGGGCCAGGCGGAGAGGAGCGGAGGAGUCCCAGGAGGAGGUGCCGGAAGCGGCGGAGGUAUCGGUGGCGAAGGAGAAGGUGGAGGCGGAGGCAGAGGUGGCAGUGCCAGCGGCGGCGGCGACACAGGUCCCUCGGAGGCCACACACUGCUUUGGCGGAGUCGGUGGAAGCUCUGUUUCAGAGGAGUUGACAAACGCGAAUAGCCCGGCCAACGGAGGGGCAGGAGGAACGAGUGCAGCCACAGGUGGUGGCCAACAGCCGACUGGCAGCAACAAACACAGCCAGCUAAACAACGAAAACAACGCAACCAUGCCGCCCGAGACGCGACCCAAGAUGGUGACCGUCAAGCAUCCGGAGUCUAACAAGCCCAAGCCCACCACCAAGAAGAGCAAGCCCAUCCAGGCGGACCAGGACGUCAUCAAGGCGCUGCAGAGAUGCCGAGAUGAAGGCAUCAAGCGCUUGGACCUGAGUAACUCCUCGAUCACUGUUAUCCCCAGCACAGUGAAGGAGUGCAUCCAUCUUACGGAGUUGUACCUGUACAGCAACAAGAUCGGGCAAUUGCCGCCGGAGAUUGGAUGCCUAGUGAGCUUACGCAACCUGGCUCUAAACGAGAACUCACUGACCUCGCUUCCGGAGUCGCUGCAAAAUUGCAGCCAGCUAAAGGUACUGGAUCUGCGGCACAACAAGCUGGCAGAGAUACCCCCCGUGAUCUAUCGACUGCGCAGUCUGACCACUCUCUACCUGCGCUUUAAUCGCAUCACCACUGUGGCGGAUGACCUGGGCCAGCUGGUCAAUCUGACCAUGCUGAGUCUCCGGGAGAACAAAAUCCGGGAGCUGGGCAGUGCCAUGGGAGCGCUGGUGAACCUCACCACGCUGGACGUGUCGCACAAUCACCUGGAGCACCUGCCGGAGGACAUUGGAAACUGUGUGAACCUCCGCUCCCUGGAUCUGCAGCACAACGAGCUGCUGGACAUACCCGAUAGCAUCGGAAACCUUAAGUCCCUGGUGCGCCUGGGCAUGAGGUACAAUCGGUUGAGCAGUGUGCCGGCUACCCUGAAGAACUGCAAGAGCAUGGACGAGUUCAAUGUGGAGGGCAAUGGCAUCACUCAGCUCCCGGACGGCAUGUUGGCCAGCUUGAGCGGACUAACCACCAUAACCCUGUCGCGAAAUCAGUUCACUAGCUACCCGACUGGCGGACCAGCGCAGUUCACCAACGUUUAUAGCAUCAACCUAGAGCACAAUCGGAUCGAUAAGAUCCCCUACGGAAUUUUCUCGCGGGCCAAGGGCCUCACUAAACUGAACAUGAAGGAGAAUAUGCUGACUGCUCUGCCCCUGGAUAUCGGUACCUGGGUGAACAUGGUGGAGCUUAACCUGGCCACCAAUGCGCUCCAGAAGCUGCCCGAUGACAUCAUGAACCUGCAGAACCUCGAGAUACUCAUCCUGUCCAACAAUAUGCUCAAAAAGAUACCGAACACGAUUGGGAACCUAAGAAGGCUGAGGAUCCUGGACCUGGAGGAGAACCGCAUCGAGGUACUGCCACACGAAAUCGGUCUGUUGCACGAGCUGCAGCGACUUAUCCUGCAGACCAAUCAGAUCACAAUGCUACCGCGCAGCAUCGGCCACCUGGGCAACCUGACUCACCUGUCUGUUAGCGAAAACAACCUGCAGUUCCUGCCCGAGGAGAUUGGGUCGCUGGAGAGUCUGGAGAAUCUGUACAUUAACCAGAAUCCCGGCUUGGAGAAGCUGCCGUUUGAGCUGGCCCUGUGCCAGAACCUCAAGUAUCUAAACAUUGACAAGUGCCCGUUGAGCACGAUUCCGCCGGAGAUCCAGGCGGGCGGACCGUCCCUGGUGCUACAGUGGCUUAAGAUGCACUCGCCAUACCGCCAAAUGUGAGAUGUGGACGGCGUCUGGCGCACCGUCUACGUGGGCAGCGACUGCUACUAUCAGUACGAGCUGCAGGCGGUGAGCCAGGCGCCCGGUGGUGGUGCUGCAGGUGGUGGGGGAGCUGCAGCAGGUGGAGCAUCUGGUGGAGGAUCCUCCAGGAGCGGCGACCGACGCUAACGGUGCGAUCUCAGCUAACGGGCGAGAGAUCCUGUCCCCACAAAUCCUUCAACCCAAUCCUCUAGGGGGGAAACUUCAUUGGUUAGGUGCUACUACUUGAACUUUUGUAUUGAAACAGUUUUUUAAAUAUAUUUAAGUAAUAUUUUAUUAUUAUAUU